CUAAAUGUCUACACAGCAAAGAUCUGAUGAAUUCACCCAAGAUUUUGCCAAAUGUCCUUGGUCAAAUUGGUAAAACUCCCCUCAUUCGAAUCAAUAAUAUUGCAAAAGAGUAUGGAAUUAAAUGUGAACUAUUGGCGAAGUGUGAGUUCUUCAACGCUGCUGGGAGCAUUAAGGAUCGCAUUGCUUUACGGAUGAUCGAAGACGCCGAACAGGAAGGCAUUCUGAAACCAGGUGUUGUCAUCAUUGAACCGACCUCGGGUAACACAGGACUUGGACUGGGGUUAGUAGCUGCGGUGAAAGGAUAUCGCUGCAUUAUUGUCAUGCCAGAAAUGAUGAGCUUAGAAAAGGUUGAUAUGUUGAAAUCAUUGGGGGUGGAAAUUGUGAGAACACCAGAUACAGCAAACGAUACUGGCCCUGACUCACAUAUUGAAAUGGCCUGGAGAUUGAAGAAAGAGAUUCCAAACUCUCAUGUGUUUGAUCAGUAUCAAAACCAAGGCAAUCCACUUGCACAUUAUGACACAACGGCAGAGGAAAUUCUGGAUCAAUGUGAUGGUCACGUUGAUGCUUUGGUAGCAGGUUCUGGAACAGGUGGUACCAUCACUGGCAUUGCACGGAAAUUCAAGGAGAAAUGUCCCACCUGCCAGAUCAUUGCUGUUGACCCCGAAGGUUCAAAUGUGGCUGAACCGAAAGAACUUAACAAAACGAGUGUGACUUCAUUUGAAGUGGAAGGGAUUGGUCAUAAUUUUACACCUGCAGUACUGGACAGAAAAGUGAUUGACAAAUGGAUAAAGACUAAUGAUGAGGAAGCUUUUGCAAUGGCUCGGAAGCUAAUCAGGAAAGAAGGAUUGUUUUGUGGUGGAAGUUCUGGCAGUGCCAUGUGUGCAGGUAUUGCAGUAGCAAAAGAAUUGAAAGAAGGCCAACGCUGUGUUGUGAUACUCCCAGACACCAUCCGGAAUUACAUGUCAAAAUUUCUUAGUGACAAUUGGAUGGAAAAGAAAGGAUUUCCAUAUCUGGAGAAUAACCAAAAAAGUUGGUGGGAUACACCAAUAAAUCAGCUUAAGCUUCCCACAGUUCAGACUGUUGCUUCCACUGUUUCCUGCGAGGAUGUUAUCCAGACGCUUAAACUGAAGAGCGCAGCCAAUGCAGUAGUCGUUGACUCCUGUGGCAUGAUACAAGGUAUAGUCACAUUAGGGAACAUGGAGUCUUUAAUUCUCGAUGGGAAGCUGCAGCUCACUGACCCUGUUAUGAAAACUAUUUACAACCGCUUCAGUAAGGUGAGUUUAAAUGACACCCUUGGAAAAAUCACCCAGGCUCUGGCACUGAAUCACUUUGUGUUAAUCAUUCACAAACAAAUUCACGAUAAAGCCAGCGAUGAAUGUGGAAGGAGAGAAGAGGUGCACAGCGUUGUCACGUUUAUGGAUGUGAUAACCCAAAUCACAGCCUAAUCGGCGGAAGAAAAGCAAAGCACAGGCUAAAGACACAAAACAACAAAGCAUUGUUAAUAUAGUUUGUUUGGAGUUGAUGAUAUCUGGGCUGGGCUGGGUUGAUGUGGGCAGGUCAGGGCAGGGCAUUGUGUGAACAUAUGCCAAGACUAUGGAGUGUGCUGCAAGUGCUAAACUCAGCGACCGUCCCUCCCCCAUCAAUUAAAGUCACACAGACUCCUGUGCUUUCCUCUUCCCCUGAUGCAAGUGAAGUUAGCUGCUUCAGAACCUGCAAUUGUAUUAAUAUGUACAUAGCAGUACCUAAAAUUGUGGUAACACAUGUUCUCCUGAGACGUGACAAGCUCUACAAAAUCCAGGAGAUGCCCCCUACACUAACGAUUCCAUUCCUUAAUUUUAUCGACAAGGCCUGAGUUAAUAGCUUUCUUGUUAUUUCUCUUCUUAUUUUCUAUAGAUAUUAUUGAAAAAAAGAAUGAGGUUAACAGGUUGACUUGUUGGCUCACAGUGAGGAUGUGCUGAUGAUUAUGAGGUUAGCAAGGUGACCACUUUCACUAACCAACACCUUUAAUGUGACACAUCUGCCUGGUUUUGAGAUAAGCAUCAAUUUCCAUAGUGUGAAUCUCUAAUAGAAAGAAUUGUCUUUCAAUUUCACAAAUGGCCAAUAGUAGAUUAAUAAAAAACAAGUUAAAUGUUUACAAUGCAACAUACUACGUUGGAUAGUCACAACUAAUAUAUAACUUGCGUCUUGUAUCAUUCUAUUUGAUCAUCAGUGAAGUUUCAAUCAUUGACUACAACAGUCCUAGCAAUUAUUCCUGGUUGCUGAAAGGUGACAGGUUAGAAAUAUUCUUGCAGGCAGACACAACUUCCAUAGAAUCUAGACAAAAGCUGUAGGUACAAGAUUCAUCCAUAAAACUCAGUCAAGUUAGGAGACAAAUUUCUCCAGAUGCUGGGAUCAAAAUCUUAAACUUCAAUGACACGACUGUACUUUCAUUUCUCAAAUAUUCUUGAGAGAUUGUCACGUGAAGUGUGGCACUUUGAUCUCAGUGUGCUAUCUAUCACAAGACAUAGGAGCAGAAUUAGGCCAUUCAUCCCAUUGAGUCUGCUCUGCCAUUCCAUCAUGGCUGAUAUAUCUCUCCCUCUCAAUCCCAUUCUCUUUCUCCCCGUAAUCUUUGAUGUUCUUAUUCAUCAACAACCCCUGGUUUGAAAAUACCCAAUGACUUGGCCUCCUCAGCCAUCAGUGCCAAUGAAUUAAUCAUCCUCUGACUAAAUU